GCCACGCUUCUUAUCGACUCAAUUCAAACUUCUGUUUUCUGUCACGUGGGCGAUUUUGGAUGUGGAGGUGGAGUUUGUUAUGAAAAUUGAUUGGAACAAGCAAACUUUUCAUUAUGAUUCCAAUUUUUGGGGAAACAAGAAAAAAUACAACCUUCCUGGAGGAGAGACUGGGUUUGACCAAGAGGAAACCAAGUUACCGACCUACUGGAACACUUCGUUCGCCAAAAUUUGUCUUGGUAUGAAGGUCGACCAACAGCUCAGGUUCGUUGUCAUCAGCAUGCAGGCUGACUCACUGCACUCACUGAUUUCUGACGGACACUACCGCUCUACCUCAUUGGGUCGUGACACGUUGAAGUCGCUGAUUGGUCCACAAGGCUCUUUACAGCCUAAAUGUAACAAAGAAGGGUUCAAUGUCGAACCGGAGAUUUCUUCCUGGAAGCAUAAAGCUUCCCGAGCAAGAAUUGGCAUUGUCGCCAACAACAAUAAUAAUUGCCUUGAUGUUGAUUCCAGAAUCGGUUUUGGUACAGGAGGGCCACACGAUAACAAAAACACGUGUGGAAUCGAUGCACGCAUGAAACUUCUUGAUAAUGGAGAAAGACACAUUAAAGCCAUGGGAUACAUCUUUGUGCAAUGA